AUCUCUGAAGAAAGAUUUUCAGAUUUGGUUUCCCUGCAGGAUUCAAUUUCAAAGUUCAAAGUUCAAACCUUUUGUAUAUUCCAUUUCAUAGAACUAGAAGCUGCAUUGUUUUGACCGUAAACCCAGACCCCAUUUCCUACUUCCAUUUUUUGACUUCAUUUUCGCGGCGCCCUCGUUUAUAUUAUCAUCAUCAUCAUCAUCAUCCCAACCUCAACCUCUCCCUCUCCGUACUUCUCAACCUUCUCUCUCUCUCUCUCUCUCUCUCUCAGCUUCGGCAUCGACGGCAAUGGAUUCUUUCCUCUUGAGCUCCCUCCCCUCCACAAACCCUUACGUCUACAUCUUCACCCUCCUAGCUCUACUUGUUCUGCUAGAACAGAUCUGGUACUUGAAGAAGAAGCGCUUGCUCCCUGGUCCUCCUCUGGUCGUCCCCUUCCUCGGAAACGCCAUCCCCCUGGUUCGCAACCCCACCAAGUUCUGGGAGCUCCAGUCCUCCUUCGCCAAAUCCUCCCCCCUUGGCCUCUCCGCCAACUACCUCUUCGGCCGAUUCAUCGUCUUCGUCCGCAGCUCUGACCUCUCCCACAAGAUAUUCGCCAAUGUUCGCCCCGACGCCUUUCUCCUCGUCGGCCAUCCCUUCGGCAAUAAGCUCUUCGGCGAGCACAACCUCAUCUACAUGAUGGGUCAGGACCACAAAGACCUCCGCCGCCGAAUUGCCCCCAAUUUCACCCCCAAAGCCCUCUCCACCUACGCUUCCUUGCAGCAGAAGAUCAUCCUCAAGCACUUAAUCCUCUGGGAGAAGCUCUCGUCGGAGAACAACCCGGUCGCCCUCCGCUUUCUCUGCCGGGACAUGAACCUCGAAACUUCCCAGACCGUUUUCGUCGGUCCGUACCUGAACGUGGAAUCCAGAGAAAGGUUCAAUGUUGAUUACAAUUUCUUUAAUGUGGGACUGAUGAAGCUCCCAAUCGACUUGCCUGGUUUCGCGUUUCGAGACGCGAGGCUCGCCGUUGGCCGGCUGGUAAAUACAUUGAGUGCCUGCGCGAAGCAGAGCAAGGUGAGGAUGGAGCGCGGCGGGGAGCCCGAGUGCUUGAUUGAUUUCUGGAUGCAGGAGACGGUGAAGGAGGUCGCCGCGGCGUCGGAGGCAGGGGAGCCGGUGCCGCCGCACUCCGGCGACGCCGAGAUUGGCGGCCACAUCUUCGACUUCCUCUUCGCCUCGCAGGACGCCUCCACUUCGUCGCUGCUGUGGGCGGUGACGCUGCUGGACUCCCACCCCGAGGUUCUAGCCAAGGUCAGGGAAGAAGUCGCCCGCAUCUGGUCGCCGGAAUCCGGCCAGCCAAUAACCGUCGAACAGCUGCGGGAGAUGAAGUACACGGAGGCGGUCGCGCGCGAGGUGAUCAGAUUCCGAACUCCGGCGACGCUAGUCCCUCACAUUGCGGGCGAAGACGUUCCGCUGACGGAAUCUUACACCGUUCCGAAAGGAACGAUCGUCUUCCCUUCCGUCUUCGAGUCGUCGUUCCAGGGAUUCACGGACCCGGACCGGUUCGACCCGGACCGGUUCAACGAAAGGAGACAAGAAGGCCGGGUUUACAAGACGAACUUUUUGGCGUUCGGGGCUGGGGCACACCAGUGCGUGGGGCAGAGGUACGCAAUGAACCACCUGGUGCUGUUCAUCGCCAUGUUCACGUCGCUGAUGGACUUCAAGAGGCACAGAACGGACGGCUGCGAUGAGAUCGCGUACGUGCCCACCAUUUGCCCAAAAGACGAUUGCAAAGUUCUCAUCUCGAGGCGGUGCGCAGGCUAUCCCUCCCUAUCUUGAGCUUAGGCACAAACCACGUCACGUGACGAAAAUACCAUUUUGACAGUUUAUUUAUUUAUUUAUUUAUUUUGUUUUUUGGCCGGGGGUAUAGUCGGUGUUUGAGGCAUGUCUCGAGGACGUAGUGGUCAAAAGAGUGCGAUCUUUAAAAAAAAAAAAGAAAAAGAAAAAGAAAAAAAAUAAUUAUUUUUUG